UGCUCCCACUCCUACCCGGAAGACCCAGGCGCCAAUGAGACUAGGUUCGCAAGCAAAGCCUCCUCCUCCUGAUGCUUAGGUCGCUUAGCAACGAAGGACCGGCUAGAAAGAAGCUGUGCUAACCCUCCACAGGCAGGCCCGGCAGGUGCACGACGCCAACUCUCUUCUGGGGAGGGGGCGGCGGCCCGGGGGCUACCAUGGCCUCCAACCACUUGUCAGUGCGGGAAAUGAGGGAAGAUGAGAAGCCCCUGGUGCUGGAGAUGCUGAAGGCUGGUGUAAAAGACACGGAAAACCGUGUGGCCCUCCACGCUCUGACACGUCCACCAGCCCUUCUCCUCCUGGCUGCAGCCAGCAGCGGCUUGCGCUUCGUCCUGGCCUCCUUCACCCUGGCCCUCCUGCUGCCGGUGUUUCUGGCCGUGGCUGCCCUGAAGUUGGGCCUGCGAGCCCGAUGGGGCUCUCUGCCUCCGCCAGGCGGUCUGGGGGGACCCUGGGUGGCUGUCCGCGGCUCCGGCGAUGUGUGUGGGGUCCUGGCUCUGGCCCCUGGUGUCAAUGUGAGGGACGGAGCCCGAGUCACCCGCCUCUCGGUCUCUCGGUGGCACCGUCGCAGGGGCGUAGGCAGGAGACUGCUGGCCUUUGCUGAGUCCCGAGCUCAAGCCUGGGCUGGGAGUGUGGAGGAGCCUCGUGCCCGGCUCGUGGUCCCAGUGGCUGUGGCUGCUUGGGGGCUGGCAGGGUUAUUGGAGGCCUCUGGCUACCAGGCAGAGGGAGGUUGGGGCUGCAUGGGCUAUAUGCUGGUUAGAGAAUUCAGCAAGGAUCUGUGAUUAUAGACCAUGCCCACUGGGGAGAUGGGCGUGAAACCGGCACCUAAAGAGCACCUGUGUGCCAGGCACUUUCCAUCCCCUCCCUCGGUGAAGAACUGAGGUUGCUGGAUGCACAUGGCCCGCAGUGGACCUGCCAGGUGCAGUAGGGUCUCGUCUUGGUAGACCCCAGGGACCGCUAGCGGUCACCCUGUCCACUCUUUGCCCCCUAGUCUGUAUACACUGAAAAAACAAACAAACCUCUGGUUCUACAAAACCCCUGUUGUGUGUGUUUUAGGUCUCAAAGGAUAUUUGGGGAGAGUAAGAGGCAGAGUUAAGAGUCUGUGACAGGGAACCCCCAAAGGGGACAGAUCUUCUGGAAUGGGUGGGGCUGGGAGCACCGAGUUUCCAAGCCCAUCUGUUUUUUUUUACAGUUUGUUAAUAAAGCCUGAGACUUCUG